CAUUCUCCAAACACCGCGUCUUUUCAACUGCCAUUCGUCUGUUCCGAAGUCUUCGCUCCAAGCGCAAACCCAAUAUCGUGAUUCCAGUUGCCUCGUCUUCCACCACCCGCUCGUUUCUUGGACGCGUCUCGGCACGCGAACGCGGCGGCGUCAGACAGCAACAACAGCAAAGAUGAGCUACCGCGUCGAACUUGCGAAGACGGGUCGCUCGGGAUGCUCCAAUACCUCAUGCAAGAAGGCGGAAUCCAAGAUUCAGAAGGGGGAACUCCGUCAGGGAGUCCUCGUGCAGAUCCAAGAACACCAGUCCAUGAAGUGGCGCCACUGGGGCUGCGUGACGCCCACCGUGCUACACAAUUGGUGGGAGACCGCCGGCGAAGAUCUUGACCUCGUCGAUGGCUACGAUGACCUCCCCGCAGAUGCGCAAGAGAAAGUCAAGCGCUCCCUGGAGCAAGGCCACGUUGACGAUGAGGAUUGGAAUGGCGACAUUGAGAUGAAUCGCUAUGACCCAGCCAACCCACGCCAAGGCAUGUUCUUGACCAAGAAGAAGAAGAAGGAGCUGGGCAAAGAUGACGACGAUGACGAGGGCGACAAGCAGAAGAAGAAGCCUUCAAAGAAGCGAGCUCGCAAAGAUGCAGAGGACGAAGACGAGGAGGCCGAAUCGAAGCCAGCACGGAAGAAGUCACGCGGCAAGAAGGCCAAAGCCGAAGAGGAAGAUGAAGCACCAGUUCCGGCCAAGAAGACGUCAAAGAAGAAAGCUCCAGCCAAGAAAGAAGUGGCUGAGGAGUCCGCCGAGGAGAGCGAGCAGCCGGCACCAAAGAAGACCAAAGGACGUAAGGCCAAGUCCGCAGCCAAAGUUGAGCCAACGAGCGACACCGAGGACGUGUCUGCCGAAGAGGAGAAGCCCGCACCUCAGAAGAAAUCCGCUCCGAAGGCACGCAAGGGUAGAGGCAAGAAGGCUGCCAGCGAAGAGGACUAGACGGCCUUACUCUUUUGCUCUUGCCAGCGUUCUUGGCAUCAGCACUCGUCGAACGUUUCAGGCCACACGGGAUUUCCCUGUUCACCACGAGUUUGCAACAGUGCAGCGAGGCACUACACAUGCCCUACAGCAUUACGACAGUUGUACACCGUUCCUGCAUUGCAACCUAGAAAGCCAGCGAGCUUCUCAAGGUGGACGACGCGUCCUUGGCGCGUUCAAGCUUCAUGAGUUUUUGAUACCCACAGCUUCUAUACGCAUUCAGUGUAAUAAUAUCAACACCUGAUGACUUCCAG